AGAUAAUAUGUGAUGUAACACAACUAGUGAGUCUAGUGAAAGCUAGAAGCAUACAAGUAAACACAAUCCAAGCGUCGGUCACUCUCUCUCUCUCUCUCUUUUUCUGCAAUCGCACAAAUCUAGGUUACUUCCUUCACACCUCUAUCUUCCAAUUCCUUCAUCGCAGAUCCGAACAAAGGUGCUUAGUUCCAUUAAGCCUUGUCCAAAGCUACUUGCAUUUGCGGAGUUUAUCUUCAAUAUUCAUUACUUCUUUACUUCUUUUUGUUGUAUCUUUUGGAAAGUGGUUGUACCUCUUUUGCUAUGAUUUAGUAGCCUUAUUUCUACAAGCAUGCUCACUGCUGUCGGUCAUUAUCAUGAGUCGUAGAAUGCUUGAUCAGCACAGCAAUGGGCAUCUUCUUUACAACUUUUCAAGGACCAUUGCUAGUCUACUGUUUAUUGCUUUGCUGUCUGGUGAACGAACUCCAUUGUCUUACAAGUGAUGGUGAGGCUCUUGUUAAUUUCCGAACAAGCAUUAUUAGUUCGGAUGGCCUUCUUCGUCAGUGGAGACCCGAGGAUCCUGAUCCAUGUGGAUGGAAAGGGGUAACAUGUGAUUCGAAAACCAAAAGAGUUGUAUAUCUGAAUCUUUCGAAUCACAAACUGAGUGGGCCCGUAUCACCAGAUAUCGGAAAGCUAGAUCGUUUAAGAUUUUUAGAUCUUCAUUACAACAACUUUUACGGGGCGAUUCCUCCGGAAUUAGGAAACUGUACAGAGCUGCAAGGAUUAUUUCUGCAGAAUAAUUACUUCAGUGGAUCUAUUCCUACUGAAAUAGGAAAUCUUUCAAAGCUUCAAACAUUAGAUAUCUCUAGCAACUCCCUUAGUGGAAGUAUUCCAACAUCGCUUGUAUAUCUGAACAACCUUUCGAUUUUUAACGUCUCCAACAAUUUUCUGGCCGGGCCGAUCCCGUCUGACGGUGUUCUUGAUCAAUUCGAAGCCAAUUCUUUUCUUGGAAACCGUGGCUUGUGUGGGACCCAUAUCAGCCAGUCUUGCAAAAACGAUGGAGGUGCAACAGGCUCACAUCCUACAGGAAGUCAGAGCGUGAAGAAGAAUUCCGGACGGUUACUUAUCAGUGCUUCCGCUACUGUCGGCGCUCUGCUCCUGGUUGCACUUAUGUGUUUCUGGGGUUGCUUCCUUUACAAGAAAUUUGGUAAAAAUGACGUCAAAGGUCUUGCGGUUGAUGUCAGUGGAGGUGCAUCGAUUGUGAUGUUUCACGGAGACUUACCGUAUUCUUCAAAAGACAUUUUAAAGAAAAUGGAACCUUUAAACGAGGAGCAUGUGAUUGGUGCCGGAGGGUUUGGAACGGUAUACAAACUUGCAAUGGAUGAUGGGAACGUAUUUGCUUUGAAAAGAAUAGUGAAACUGAAUGAGGGGUUCGAUCGGUUUUUUGAACGGGAGCUUGAAAUUCUCGGAAGCAUCAAACACAGAUAUUUAGUGAAUUUAAGAGGAUAUUGCAACUCGCCAACAUCGAAAUUGUUAAUCUAUGAUUACUUAUCGGGUGGCAGUCUAGAUGAGGCUCUUCAUGAAAAAGCCGAGCUUUUGGAUUGGGAUGCUCGGCUAAACAUAAUAAUGGGAGCUGCGAAAGGGCUGGCGUAUCUGCAUCAUGAUUGUUCUCCUCGAAUCAUACACCGAGAUAUAAAGUCGAGUAACAUUUUGCUUGACGGAAAUUUUGAGGCUCGGGUUUCAGACUUUGGACUUGCAAAAUUGUUAGAAGAUGAAGAAUCUCACAUCACAACCAUUGUUGCCGGAACUUUUGGAUACUUGGCGCCAGAGUAUAUGCAGAGUGGUAGAGCAACGGAGAAGACCGAUAUUUAUAGUUUUGGAGUGCUUGUGCUUGAAGUUAUAAGUGGAAAAAGGCCCACUGAUGCAUCGUAUAUCGAGAAGGGUCUUAAUAUUGUUGGCUGGUUGAAUUAUCUAAUAACGGAGGAUAGGCAACGUGAGAUUAUCGACGUGAACUGUGCGGGAGUCGAGUCCGCAACCCUAGACGCCGUACUUUCACUUGCAAUUCAAUGUGUGUCAUCAACUCCAGAAGAACGACCCACCAUGCACCGUGUGGUUCAAACGCUCGAAUCAGAGAUCAUGACUCCAUGCCCAAGCGACUUCUACGAUUCCAGUUCCGAUUAGGUACUACUUUCACCACAACAAUCAAAACCAGUUUAUGUUUUAUAUUAUGCACAACGAAGAAUCUUGGCAAGAACAGGGUUAAGAACUUCAAAUCGGUCUGCCAAUUGCUCGAUACUUUGUAUUCUUUGAGCAGAUCGUCGGUAAGAUUUUGAAGCAUCAUAUUCUACAAGUUUGUUUCUUUUGUGGUAUUUAUGCUCGAUUUUCUUGCCCCUGUGAUUAUUUUCUUUCUUGCCUUGUUAUAUUGAGAUAACGGGUGGGUCUUGUUGCUGCACCUUUUCGUCACCGAAUGUAUAUUGAUGGUAGUUUUAACUUAUUUAAUGUUGCUUUAUAUUGUUCAUGCCAUUUUUUGUAUCAUAUGUUUCUUGUUUUGAUCGACAUUGAGAAGUUUGUCUUCCGAUAAUGUUCCACGAGGUGUUAUUAUGUUA